GCAGCGGGGCAGCAGACCGUAGAAGAAGAAAAGCAGCAGCAGUAAACAUGUCACAGGAAACAAGCAUGGCGCUGCAAGAGUUCCUCAGUCAAGCAGAGCUAAUAAAACAAGGAGCAGAAGCUCGCGUGUACCGGGCACAGUUCCUGGGGAAGCCGACUAUCUUGAAACAAAGGUUCCCGAAGCGCUACAGACACCCGCUGCUGGACGAGAAGCUGACCCACCGCAGGACGGUCCAGGAGGUCCGCUCCAUUCUGCGCUGCCGCAGAGCGGGAAUCUCGGCCCCUGUGGUCUACUUUGUGGACUACGCUUCCCACUGUAUCUUCCUGGAGGAAAUUGUGGGUUCCUCGACAGUACGCGACUACAUCGCCUCCACUCGGCGGUCUGACGCCAGCGAGGACCUGGGCUGGCUGGCUGAGCGGGUGGGACAGAUCCUGGCCAGAAUGCACGACGAAGACGUCGUCCACGGGGACCUGACCACCUCCAACAUGCUGCUGAGACACGGCCUGGAGGACGGGGAGUCCGAGCUGUUCCUCAUAGACUUCGGCCUGAGCUACAUCUCCGCCCUGCCGGAGGAUAAGGGGGUGGACCUGUACGUGCUGGAGAAGGCCUUCCUGAGCACCCACCCGAGCACAGAGGCUCUGUUCCAGAGGCUGCUGAAGAGCUACGCCGCCGCCUCCAGCAAGUCCUCGGCCGUCUUUAAGAAGCUGGAUGAGGUUCGGUUGAGAGGGAGAAAGAGGUCGAUGGUGGGAUGAUGAUGAUGAUGAUUAUGAUGAUGAUCAGUGCUGUAUUCAGGGACAAGUCUCCUUGAAAAUUUUGAAAAGUUCUUCUUAAGGACAUAAUAAUAAAAAGAUGGUCUUUGUAAUGAUGUUGGUACAGUUUCAGACAGUUUGUUGUGACGUCUACACACGUUUGACGCAGAAAGUCGGUCUCAGUGCUCUUUAGUGAGACAUAAGCUUCCUCACAUCCUGUAUUGCUCAUAUUUUGAUGUAGAAAUAUGCCUUUUUAAACCUCCAGAUUGCAACUCAAACUUUUCUACUUGGAAUCCUGCACAUAAAAUGCAGAUAAUCACAAUGUGGCUCAUGUUCUUUAAAGAUUUCUUUUUUUUUUAUGUGAAAGACACUGAAUGAAUCAAGUUAUACAUUUAUUUCCCAAAUAUUUGUGUCAACAUGAAACAACAUUUGUUCCAAUAAAAGGCUGGCACACCAGGGUCACUUGGCGGA